AGGUAACCCUAUUAAUAGCCAAGUCAGUCAUUCAUUUAUUCAACACAAUUUAAAAGAAAUAUGUACUGUAAAUGUAUUAUUAUUACUUAAAACCUCUAAUACUAGAUACGGAUAUUAGAUACUGAUGAUUGUAUUAGGUGACAUGCAAACAUGUUUUUCUCAUACUUUUGAAGUUUUUUGUUUUUUCCUUCACAGUGGGCUCUGACCAACCUAUUAGCAAUCCUGUGCCAUUAUUGACAACCAUGUGUAUAUGGAAGCCUGAGAAACUAUACUCAAAGAUGCAUAAUUCUUCUAUAAUAUUUGAAAAGACACAAUAUGAGACAGAGGAAAAGAACACAGCCAGAGGUAAAGAACAUCAUGCUGUCUUUAACAUGUGGGAUGCAUGUAUAAAGCUCAGAGGUCAAUGUAAAAAACAUUGUGGUGAAAAUGAAUAUAGGAUUGCAUAUUGUGCAAGACAUACAGUUCAUUGCUGCAUGAAAAGAUGUAAACCUGUGGAGAAGUAG